GCUCCCUCCCCCCUCCUCUCCCUCUCAGCUCCCCUCCCCCUGCCCCGCCCCUCUCUCUGCAGACGGAAUCUCUGAUAAAGAGAUCGGCAUCACACUGUUCCCAGAAGUGUCAAUGUUUGGGGAAAGGGAGCUGGUUCAUCAAUUGCCUCCUAAAAGUCCUGCCUCCAAGCUGUGUGACUCCGCCCCCUGCCACACCCCUGCCCCCCAGGAGUCAACCAGAGAUGGCCAGCUCCGAUCAGUCCGCCCUCUGCACAUGCUCAGAACCACGCACUCUGAUGGGGUGGAAACUGACAACAGCCACGACGAUCACAUCCACCAUCAUCGCGGCAACAACGACCGGUUGGAGAAGCUGCAGAUGUUCUACAGCUCAGAAGCAAAGGGUGGAGUCUCUAUUUCCCCCAGAAUGCUCCUGGAAGCAACAGAGCCACACACCUUAGACCAAGAACACUUAUCGGGCGCCAUGGAAAUUGCUCAGACUGCUCCUCCCCCGCUACCCCGGCUAAGGAACACUGGACUGAAGGAGGGGGGAGGGGCGAGGAAGGUUUCGUGGGUGGGUCACAUGGUUCGACCACCAGGCCCCCCAGGGCUGCUGGUAAAUGGCUCCAAACCCGCGGCCUUCCCCUCCCAGAGACCACAUUCUCUGGCCUUCAAAAGCCUCAGCCAGGACAGGGGGAAGAAAGGGGGAGUGGUGGGGAUGAGUGGAGGAGGGGCCAUGAGCGGAGGAGGGAAGCGCAACUCUGUUCAGCUGCGUCCAUCUUUACAGCGUCGAGUAGCAGACCUGAACCUCCCUCUGCUUCCUGCUGCUCUGCAAAGACCUUACUGACCUACAACCUCUAAAGACCCUACUGACCUAUGACCUCUAAAGACCCUACUGACCUAUGACCUCCAGAGACACGCUGCCCUAUGGAGUGUUGUUUUCCAGUGCCAAAGGAUGAGACAUGUGCUGCGAGUGACUCAUUGCUGUUAUUAUGUUUGACUAGGCAGAGAGAGACAUGCGUUUGAAUCUGGUCCUCAUGUCAGGCAGUAUCCCUGUGCUCACCUUUGUAAUGUCCUCAGGUAGAACUAAUUAGUACAGUAUUAUCACAGCAGUUGAAACACUGACAUAAUGUCUGGCUAAGGUCAGCUGUUUUUAAUGUACUCACUCAGCAUUACAUUUUGUACUCCCAUAAAACAGCCUGGUGUAUUUAUUUGAAUCUGGGAUGAUUAUGAUACAACUAGAACAGCACCUUAUUUUUCUCCAUCUUUCCAUCACUCCUUCCAUCCCAUUUUUUACUUCAAAUUACAGAUGUGUUAUUAUUUUAUUUAGGGCUAUAUUAAUCUAUAUUAGGGCUACUAAUAUAGAUGUAUAGAGGACUAACCAUUAAUAUAGAUGUAUA